GACGUGGAAGGAACCUGCGUUUAAUCGGACGCGACAGAAGAGCUUCGGGAGCAUGCGCAUCCCCUUUACACCCCCAUGAACCUCGAUCGCUCUAGUAUGGGUCGACGUCGACAUCAUUGUCGUGGCAGUCGUCGUGGUAGUUGCCGGCGCCGCGACGCCCACAGCUGGCCAGUGGUACGCCGCGUCUCACGCUCUCAGUACGCGUUCAACUGUCGUGACGACAGGUUUCUCCUCGCCGCCGUCUCGUUUUGUUCCCCAAGCUCAAGUUUCACGUUUCCUGCGUACGCGAGGAAACGUACGGCGCGUGUUAUUUCCAGUCCCGCGGCACGUGUCCCUAGCGAUUUCCGCCUGUCGCUCCAUUUUCCCCCGGAAACGUUUCGGCGUUUCGGCGUUCCGUCGUCCUCAUCGAUGAACUGUCGUUCAAAGAGAAAUGCGCCCGGCUAAAUAGAACUCGAGGGAAAUUAUCCAAAAUACCGAUAGGCUGUCGUCGCGCGGAUACUAAGUGAAAAGUAUUUGAAUGGGAUAAAACCUGCCUGUGCCAAAUUCUGAGAGUAAAACACACGUGAAGACAUCAUCAUUGUAUCUUCCAUCGUAAAAUCACUGCGAGGCGUAUCACAUUCUACCUUUAAAGCCGACAAACGCCUCAGCAGUGAAAAAUUGGCAUUCACCAAGUUAAUGACUUUGAACCGGCCGAAUAACACGUAUGUUACCUCCUCGUAGCGGAACAAACUUUCGUUACAUCUACAUCAUUAUUCACCAAGAUACUAAGAAGGUGCCUACAAUCCCGUCUUAGUAGACUACGAGUAACCAAUUAAUGUUGCGGUUAAUUGGAUUAAUAAAAUUCCUGUGAUAUCGAGAAAAUUAUUCAAGACUUGUAACAGCGAUUUCUAUAAUGGAUGAAAUGUAUAACUUCACCAAUUACAGCCUAAUGUACAACGACACGUUCAUGAAUUGCGAUACCAAGUUGCCGAUUGUCGACGUCAUCCAUCAAAUUCUUUACUCCAUCGUCUUCGUCAUUGGAAUUCUCGGAAAUUCCUUAGUUAUUUAUGUUGUUCUGCGCUUCUCGAAUAUGCAAACUGUUACGAAUAUGUACAUUGUGAAUUUGGCGAUCGCGGACGAGUGCUUUUUACUCGGUAUACCUUUCUUAGUGACAACUAUUAGUUUGCGUAGCUGGAUCUUCGGUAGGAUCAUGUGCAAAGCAUAUAUGAUUACGACAAGUAUCAAUCAGUUCACCAGCAGUAUCUUCCUGCUUAUUAUGAGCGGCGAUCGUUACGUCGCCGUGUGCCACCCGAUUACAUCCCCGAAGAUGCGCACACCUUUAAUCUCCAAGAUAGUGUCGCUCACCGCCUGGACAACUAGCAUUCUCCUAAUGAUACCGGUAUUUCUUUAUACGGACGCCAUGGAAUUUUCGGAAGGUGUCAUCAGCUGCAACAUUUAUUGGCCUAAUAAUCACGGCGGCCACAUAGCUUUCAUCUUCUAUACGUUUAUCCUCAGCUUCGCUGUUCCUCUGCUAUUUAUAGUGAUCUUCUACUGCCUGGUGAUCAAAAAGUUGCGAACAGUCGGGCCGAAGAACAAAUCAAAUGACAAAAAACGGUCGCAUCGAAAAGUCACUAGGUUAGUUUUAACAGUGAUUGCUGUAUAUGUAUUUUGUUGGUUGCCUUAUUGGGUUACUCAAUUGGCCUUGGUACACACCCCGCCGAAACAGUGUCAGUCUAAAAUCAGUAUCACAAUCUUCCUCCUAGCCGGUUUCCUUAGUUACAGCAAUAGUGCUAUGAACCCAAUUUUAUAUGCCUUUUUGAGUGAUAAUUUCAAAAAGAGUUUUAUGAAGGCGUGCAAUUGUGCGGUUGGCAGGGACACAAACGCGGCGAACAUUGAGAACAGUGUAUUUCCACGGAAGAAAGUUAACGCUGAUAGACCGCAUUCUAAUCGGAUGAUCGCCUCUGAGCAGUCUAGAAUGGACUUUGAAGACGAGGAGAGAGGGCUGCUUAUCAGCAAGACAUCCACCACUACGGUGACAAUGACAUCGCGAUCAAACAUCACAAUCAGUAGUGAACCCAAUCCGGUGCAAAGGGAUGCAACAAAGAAUGGUGCGCAAUUAAUCCUGUCGACGCAGGUUUAGAGCACAAAACCGUUGCAAUUUCAGAGCGAAGAAAACUCUUCAUCGUGAGAACGAUAAGCUGAGAGAGCUGGCCUUUCAAGCUUAUUCACUUGCCGGAUCUUGUAAUUAGACAUUAGAAUGACGAUACCCAAAUGAGCCUGUUAAUAAUUUCUCUGAAUGUAACAAUCGUUGUACCUGACUGUUAUUCAUUAUAAUGUUUAUAUAUUAUAAUAUUUCUCAAAUAUCAAUACGACGAAGAUCUCCGAAUGAGAAAACAUUGCUUUCAAUUUUAAUUACAACGAUCGUCUGGCCAAAGUGUUUCUGCAUGACAAUGAUGAUAAACUUCAGUUCUUUGUUCAACAAACAAACGUUAAUCACUGGAUCGCCGAGCAUAAAAGUUUGUGAUAAAUGACUUUCUCACUUUGAUAAAUAUCUAAAAAAUCGAGGUUACCGAAAGAGUUGGGAUCAACAUCCGCCUGAAUAUUGAUUUGAAUCUAUGAAUACAUACGUGGAAAAAAUAUUUCUAUUUGUGAUUAUUUAUUAAUAUUUUUUUAAAACGAUGUUGUGUACGAGUAUGUGCGUGUGAGUGAUAAUAAAAUUUGAUCGUAAGUUAGGUAGUCAGAAUUAAGUAAAUAUACUUUCCACAUCGCCUUACUUUAAUAACAACCCGACAUUAACCUUCAAAUUAUAUCUGAACGAUCGAUUUCUAAUGGCCUGCGUUUAAAUCCCUUUUUGUCCCGUAUUCUAGCUCUUACAUUCACCUAAACUUCCUAUUGUUUCUUCCCAUUUUAUCAGAACUCUCACACGUUGACCCUCCUUGAUCAUUUAAGCAUCACAUCAAAUGUAAAACUGUAUACGCCUUCUUUUUUGUAAAUUGCAUACUCUUCGUCAUAUUCUUUCUGUUCUUCAGAUUUCUCAGUUUCUCAUCCUUUCCUUAUUUGAUUACAUUGACACUGUCUAUAUAUCAGCUUUAAACGCCUACUCAUCGUCCAUAGCGUAUUCAAAGCUCGUGUUUACGCUUUGCCUAUAGUAUUAAAAGGAUUGAUCAUAUAACUCCACUUUUUUAGACUUUCGGCUGACUAAAUAUUCAUCAAAGAUUUAUUCUGCGUUUAGUUUAUAAUGUUUUACAGUCUAACGCGUCUUAGGGAGACUUUGUCGCAACGGAAACAAUUGCUCAUUUAUUUGCACGAGGCAGUUCUGUCGCGGCGUACAUGCAACUGCCGACUCGUUCACACGAGACAAUUCUGUCGCAAUGUAAAAGUACUGACUUUGCGUUUCCGCCUCGACGAAGUCGCCCGUCUGUCUAAACCCUUAUCUACGUAAUUGUCUUCACUUUAAUCAUGAAUUUCAUUCCAACUUAUCUACCAACACACGAUUCCAAUCCUUACUUUCCUUUUUCUUGCUCAACCAGGUUUCAGGCUGCGUUUUCCUAUGCAAUAAGACGCUUCAACUUUUUACUCGUCGAUAUUCGUUCCUCUUUCUCUUUCAUUACAUUUAAGUCUGUUGUUUCUCAAUAUACUGCGUUCAAUUUUAAAUGUUAUAUUUUUAUCUUUCAACUUUAUUUUAAUUAUACGUUUUUGAAACUUUUUAUUUAUUAGAAAUGUAUUUACACUUUUUCCGUUUUACUUGCAGAUUCAGUUUGUGUACAUCAUUAUAAUUCGUCUUCUUUAGUGUAUAUCUUUUGCUUUAUUAUUUCCUAACGUUAAAACUUUCUGGUGUAUUAUUUGUGUAUUAUAACUUUAUUGCUAAUUUAGUAUACCUUUUAAUUGUACACUUUUUAACUUCAAUGUUAUUAUGAUAUAUUUUUUAGUUAUUUCUGCGUAUAAUUUAUACGUUACUUUUAAGUAAUUUGUAUAUUAGGGUGGAGCCAAAAAUUAAAAAUUUUCGCUGCACAUUAAUUCAGAGAAGUUGCUAGAAUGAAUACAAAUUCAGAGUAAAAAGAUUUAAAAUAAAUAUUUUUAGCUCGCGCAUCGUACUCAAAUUUUGUAAAAUAUUCAUAUUUAUAAUUUCUACU